UUGAUGCGCCUUAUUUCUAAGGGGACAAAUCGGGAUUAAUUCUUCCAUAUCUGCGCUUUUCUGCGGACUGAAGCCAUGGUGUCUCACUCUCUCGCCCUGCCGAUGAUCUGCUUCACCACGCUAUGGGCGCUUGUGGGGGUCGUGGCUCCAUUUUUAGUGCCCAAAGGACCCAACCGGGGUGUGAUUGUCACCAGUCUCAUCCUCACAGCGGUCUGCUGUUACUUAUUCUGGUUGAUAGCCAUUUUGGCCCAGACCAACCCUCUGUUCGGCCCUCAGCUGAAGAAUGAAACUAUAUGGUAUCUGCGCUACUUCUGGGAGUAAACAUGGGUUGUGUGACGGCUUGCAUCUCAUCAUUCCUAUCUGGACUUAAUUUCAACGUAACUCUUAACCAUUAAACAUUCCUAGAAUCUGCAGAAUUGAUGAGACAUCUACUGAAAAGUCAGCAUCAGUUUUCUUUGCAGCCUUUGGAAAUAUUUACAAUUAUGCACACUACCUGGAAUUUAAGAUUUAGAGUUUAUAUAGACACAUGUUGUGGGAUUCAAUACAAGGAUGAUACACUUAAACUCUUCUUGUUAUCCCAAUACAAUGCACGCAAGCUGUGACUUAGUUAAGAGCAAGAUUCGUGAACAAAUCAAAAAUAAGGAAAGCAUUGAGUGUUUCUUGUGUCUGUUACUGAUGAGAAUGAUUUCCAGUGAAACCAUUACAUCAUCUGUUAAUCUUCCAUCUCUGAGAUGUGCAAUCCUUAGAUACUUUAGUUUAUUUUGUGUUUGUUUACUUUUUUUGGUUUUGUGAAGCUGCCAUCAGGGAACAUGAAUUUCUAAGUGUAUUUAUUUAGCCUGCGGGUGCUGAUGUAAGCGCGUUGUAAUUACCUCAGUGUCCACACGGUCUUGUUAUAUAACUGUUAUUAUCUGUGAUGUAAUGGUGUGUGUGUGAGUGUGUGUGAAGAGUUCAUUACUGUGAGUGCUUGGUCCACAGCCAUCAGAAUCUCCCUAAACCAUAAAAGUGAAGAGCGAUUCCCUCCACUUUAGACCACUUCACCAUGAAACUCCCUCCCACAUUCCCCUCAUGCUCUACACCGCGGAGGUCCUCGUUGCCAUGGUGAUCACAUCGCUCAAUUCAGUCCCGCUCCACUCGACCCCUUUUGAUGAAACCCUGCCCAUUCCCGCCUGCUUGUGUACAGAUGUACUGUAGCUCGUACUGUAGAGACAUGUUUUUGGAUUGAAGCUGCUGGUAGCUGCGGAUAGAUCUGGCGAUAUGUACUAUCUAACUAAUUUAAUUCCCCAGAAAAAAAAAAUAAUUGUAAGUAUUUUCCCUGAGAAUCAGCCUUUGAAGGGGCACUUCGACCAAUUCCUAAUUUAAACUUAAAGCUAAUUAAUUCUUCUUUGGUUAGGAUCUCAUUAAGGCAGAGUGACCCCUCAUAUCUUUUCAGUAGCAGAAAAAAUAGUUGCUUUUAAAUGGAUAUAAUGCAUAUUUAUAUGCCCCAAAACAAAGCAAUGAAAGAAGUAAAUUUAACAAAACAAAGUGUUAUUCUGUUGCAUGUUGUCCAGACAGCUGUAAUGUUUUAGAAACUACCAUCACAUGAGGGAUGGAUGCUUCUGACUGGCUGUUGAUGGAUAUUUACUGAAAAGCAAACAGUAUAUCAGAUCACAAUCACCCCUAGUUUGUAAUUUAUCCAGCUGCAUAAUGAAUUUUCUGCUGUUAGAAAGUAAGGAUUUACUGUAGAAAUAAAGUUGCAGGAAAUAAUGAAAAUCUUUAAAAUACUGUUAAUGUUCAAUGUUCAUAAGAACACGACUAAUCCAUCCAUCCAACUAUCCAUCGUCAACCGCUUAUCCUGCGUACAGGGGGGGGGGGACAAGACUAAUCAUUGUAAUUAAUUGUUGUGAACAUGUACGGUAUGUGCUAACUGUACUCUACUAACUAUACUAACCUGUAUGCUACAGAGUGUGUGUGGGGAAUUUGUACACAUGCGUGUGAGUGGAGCGAGUUGGAAAAGUAGGUCACCAGAGGUCAAGAGGUCAAAGUUAUUUCUGUUGACUGUGGUCUCCUCUGUCAGUGCAGAAUAGUCAGCUGCAGCAGGUCAACCGCCGAUGGCCAGUCAAACAUUAGCGCUGAUACGCCAUUCUCAGUACUAGCUAGCUCAGAUCAGUCAACAGGCAGAGAAACAGUAUGAUGAAGUGCUUCAUAGCAGAACAUAAAGGGUCAGAAAUGUAGUUUAUGUCUGUGUUUGUUCUUUGGUACAUCGGCAUAACAGCAUAUAUAUUGUUUCUGAAAUAUUAAGAUACCAAGGUUGCUUAUUUCAAGUUUUAUUUUAACAUUUGUUUUGAAUAAGAUGCCGGGAUGACACCACCUCCUCCUGAUGCUUUAAGAGUUUGAGCUGCCAGCCAUUACCACAACUACAUCUACCCUGAGAACCCCUCCCUCCCUCCUUCCUUAACACUUCUCCUCCCCGCCCUCCUCUCUAAAACCACUUUGCUUCAGCCAAAAAGAAUCAAAAUCAAUAUACAGCUACUUUUUAGAAAGACCAAAUUACGUUGUAUCUUUUCCUCCAGCCCUCUUCAGUAGUUGUGGUGGUGGCGCGCAUCUAAAUGUGGAUACACAUUAACUUGCACCAGUGGGGACCCACAUCAAAUAGAGUGUGAUCACACCUGAUCACACACAACAAAGGAAGGCUUUCCGUGCCAGAAUACUAGUAUUUAGAUUCACUUUGUGCUAUUUCAAGUGGACCAGAGUUUGUAAACCAAAGUCACGUGGAUACACAAAUAGUUCAGUUAUUGGACUGAGUUUUUGGUCACAUUUCAACCUGCCAAGUGCUGGCAGAGACUCAAAACAAAUCUCACACCUUAACUUAAGCUCCGUGUUGUGUUAAGGUCUCUGUUGUUCAUACCAGUUGAAAGCGCAUGAAGAAAAAGCUGAAUGUGAGCAUGGGUCCAGACUGUGGUUUGCUCUCACUUCAGGCGUUCCAACCAUUGACUGCUGACUAUCCGAUGUACCCAUAAACCCCUGUGUUUUGGAUUUUGUUUCCGUAGUUGGUUUGGAUGACAUUCCCAAUCCCACUCAUAAUGAAGCGUGCUACAGUUAGCUUGCAAGAAGGACGGAGUCACAUUUUCAGUGUCGGUGAAUCAUCUGACAACAAAUAGAUCCGGCCAAACUAACUAAACUAAAGUAGUUACCCCUCCACAGUUUCCAUAAACCUCUUCAAACAUGCUGGUGUGGACUGACCUUAAAAAUGUUCAAUUCUUAGGUUUCCUUUUCUUACAAAUUUGUUGAGUUCUUUUAAUAAUGGCUGCUGUUUAUCUGUUAAAUAUUCCUGGCAACAUAGAUGGAGAUAGAGAUAGAUUUUUUUUUGUGUGAGUGAAGAGUCACCAUGGUUACAAAAAUCGACUAAUUCACAGACCUGAUUGUUGGUGGAGAUGAGAUCCUAUAUGUGACCCUGUAUUAGUGUGAUGUAAAUGCUUCUAUGUGAGUGGCAUUGUAUGUGAAACACCCAAUAAAAAAAUAUGUCUCAUAAAA